AUGCAGAGUCAGGCCAUGAGCACGAAGAUCGACAUUUACCUCAAGCAGCAGAAGCGGCCUGAAGCACGUGCCGUGGCCGCUGAGGCGGCAGCACUCUUCAAGACCGUCAAUGAUCCAAAGAGCGAAGCCAAGGCGCAGCUGCUGGUAGCCGAGGUAUGCACGCAGACGCAUCGUUACCAAGAGGCGGCUACGGCAGGUCGCGAAGCCCUGCGUCUCGCCAAGGUUGCUGGGGACCGCGCUGGGCAGGCAGAUGCCUGGAAGGCCAUGGGCGUGGCAGCCAUGGAGUUUGAUCUGGACAAGGCCCUGGCCGCGUGGCAGGAGCUCGCCAAGCUGGCCAAGGAGCUCCGAGAACCAGCGCAGGAGGCGGCCGCUUACAUGGGCAUGGCCCGCGCACGGCUCUCUCGACUUAGCAAAAAGCUUGGCACAUGCGCGGUGGCCGAUCGCGAUGACAGCAUUGAAGCGCUUCGUGCAGCCAAGGAUGCCCAUAGUUUGUUUGCUGCUUCGGGCAACGCUGUGGAGCAGACCACCGCGCUGCAGCUCGUUGCACGGGUUCUGCUAUUCAACGGCGUGCACCCAGAUGUCGUAGAGGCGAGCGGCGACCCCUCAGAGAUCUUUGCACAAGUCAUGAGUGGCAAGUAUACGAGUUCAAAGAACGCAUUGCCCGCUAAGCCGAAUGUGCCGCUGCCGAAGUUAGAAGAAGCUGUGCCUGACAGCAAGCAGCUGGAUCGCGGCAAGUUUGGGUGGCGGAAUCCUAUCGCUGGAUACUGCUACACUGUGGUGUGGCAGCCAACAAAGGACCGAAACAUCGGCAACAAACAGGCGCGUGGGCAGUACGACAUCCUCACUCUCAGAAGCGGCUACAAGCACAAUGCCGUCCCCACAGCGGUUGGCCUGCGGUCGAACGAUGCUUCUGAGAGGAAUGAGCACAUGAUGGUGUUCAUGACGACCCAGGACCAUGCCUUGAAUUAUUCCGCAACUGUGAUGAAUGUCCAGCACACUAUUGGAGGAGUGGUCGCCGCGAAUUGUCGUAAACUCGUCUUCGUGCAAUUUGGUGAGUCUUUCUUCGAUUGGACCGACACCUCGGCCCGCACCGUGGAGAUGCACUCGCUGACCCUCGGGCUGCUGAGGUCAGCCAGGAUCGAAGCCCCGUUCUUGACCAUCGGCUUUGUUGGAGGGGACCUUGCCUCGUGGGCGCAGGACCCAGCUCCCCUCAUCGAGUCCAUCUUUGACACCAUCGAGUCGGACGAGUGUGAGAUCAUCUACAGGAAUGGCGAGGGUUUCGCACCAUCCAUGGUGCACAAACCUCUAGAAGAGACGGUCUCCGCCGUCAAGCCUGGAAAAAACGUCCAUUACAAAAGGUGA